GAGGUAAAACACAAAGGAACAAGAAUGGCUCUCCUCUUUGACAUUUGGCUUUCUAUGGCCAUUUUGCUCCUCAGAAGUCCCAGAGAUCAGUGUGCAGACAUAAUUGGAGGGAGAGAAUCCAUUCCACACUCAAGACCUUACAUGGCCAUAAUCAACGUCGGAGAAUGUGGAGGAACAUUAAUCAAACCAAACUGGGUAUUAACAGCAGCCCACUGCAAAGUUGGAAAAAACACCAAAGUAAUUCUUGGAGCUCAUUCACUGAAGAAAGCAGAGCCUUCAAAGCAGAACUUUGCAGUGACUAAAUGGUUUCGUUACCCAUGCUUCAAUGAAGAAGCAAAAGAUAAUGACCUAAUGCUGUUACAGCUUAACAGUUCAGCCAAGAUUACAAAACAAGUAGCCACAGUCAAGCUCACCAGACUUGCCGCCGACAUCAAGACUGGUACUCAGUGUCUUGUAGCUGGCUGGGGAAUUAUUCGCAAUGGAGACAAAAAGCCAUCUGAUACACUACGGGAAGUGAAUGUCACUGUCAUUGAAAGAAGGCUCUGCAAUGACAACAAACACUAUAAUUCCAACCCUGUGAUAACAAUGAAUAUGGUGUGUGCUGGUGACAAGAAAGGAGGGAAGGAUUCCUGCGCGGGUGACUCUGGUGGUCCUUUGAUAUGCAACGGGGUACAAAAUGCUGUGAUCUCAUUUGGAAAGCCGAAGUCAUGUGGAAGUAAACAGUUCCCUGGUGUUUAUGCUCUUCUCAGAAAGGCUCAUCUCGAAUGGAUAAGGAAAACCACAGGGGGUGACUUGUAGAUUAUUAAUUUUUUAAUCAUAAAUUUCUUUAAAGAUUCUUCACUUCUUUUGUUUGCGCAUGUAUUGUUCAUCCUUGUAAUAUCCUGCCAGGUGCUUCAGCUGUAGCCUAUCACCUGCAUAAUAGAAUUGGUUUGCUGAUUUGAUGUACUUCCUUUACCUGGAGGGCCACAUGCUGUGCACCACUGAUGAAACCCUUGGGUGUGCUUGUGUAUAUAUAUGCAUGUCUUAUGACAACCCCAUGAAUUUGUGCAAAAA